AUGACCAACAUUUUGUCGAUAUGCCUUGUGCUGACCACAUUGCUGGCCGCGGAGAUCUGGUCCCCACCGAUCCCGGCGGCAACAUCCACGUCGGCCGAACAAGUUCAACCCCGUGAAGAAGACGUGAUUGUGAAGGAAGGGCACCGAGUCGUGGUCGUCGAGACGUUCGACGACCACGUCGGCCACCACAACACCAAAAUCUCCAUCUCCCCAUCCAAGGACCAGCCCGGAGGAGGAGACGACGACCCCGCGAGCGCGUCGGGGUCCGCCCUGCCCCUCUUCGGCGGCCAUGCCCCGGGGGAGCUCAUUUGUGAUGCCUGGGGGAAAUGCACACACAAGGUGGCCAAGGCCUUCGGAGACGCCAAAGACCGAGCCUUCGGCUCGGUCAAGGAGCCAGCCGAAGGAGCCAAGCACGGUGUUUAUGAAACCGCACAUCAAGCCACCGAGAAGGCCUCCGAGCUGGCCGAAGGAGCCAAACAUGGAGUGUCCCAAACCGCGCAUCACGCCACCGAGAAGGCCUCGGAGCUUUCUCACGGAGCCAAAGACACGGGUAAUUUCACAUUUUUUACCUCCAAUUGGUUAAGUUGCACAUUUCAAAUUCCUGAAAUUUUUUGCUACAAAAUCUCAGUAGCCAGAGCAACACACCACGCCAAUGAGAAGGCUUCGGAGCUCGGACAGGAAGCCGCGGAGAAGGCGUCCCAGGCCGCCCACGGAGCCAGAGAGACCGUCACGGAUGCCCUCGACAAGGGCAAGGAAACCGCGUCCGAAGCCGCGGCAAAGGCAAGGGAAGCAGCAAAGGGAGUCUAUUCCAAAACCAAAGAGACUGCCACCGAUUCGGCAGGGGAAGUCAAGGACCUAGGCAAGACGAUCGGUAGCGACGUAACGCGCAACGUGUCGGAGGGUAUUGUGGAUGACACCCAGAGCAAGAUGCACAAGGGCGGCGGCGGCGGCGGCAAAAUGGGGAGGAUCGCGGCGGCCGGCAAGUCGCUGGCCGGGGCGCUGAGCCUGUUGGGUCUGUCCACGGCGUUCGGGACAAGCGUGUGGGUGACGUUCAUCUCGAGUUACGUCCUGGCCAAUGUGCUGCCGAGGCAGCAGUUCGGGGUCGUGCAGAGCAAAGUGUACCCGGUUUACUUCCAGGCCAUGGGCCUGUCCACUGGGCUGGCCCUGUUGGGCCACCUAUUGGGCCGGGGGAGCAAUUUCGUCUCGGCCAAGUCCGAGAUGCUCCAGGCCUUCAAUCUCGUUGCCGCCAUCGCGCUCGUGGUCGUGAAUGGAAUGUACAUUGAGCCCCUCGCGACUAAGGCGAUGUUCGAGAGGAUGAGGAUCGAGAAGGAGGAAGGGAGGGGGAGAGGGGAGCAGACGCAGCAGCACCAGAUGGCGGAUGCAGGGCCCGCCGCGGCGGGGGCUGAGCUGGCGGAGGAGGAUGCGGAGGAGAAGGAAGAAGAGGAGACGAACUCGAGGCUGUCGAGGUUGAACUCGAGGGUGAAGAGGCUGAACUCGUAUUCGUCGUGGCUGAACAUACUGGCGCUGAUGGCGCUGACGUGGCAUCUCGUGCACUUGGGGCACGCUCUUCAUGCCGUCGCGAGCUGA